GAGGCUCCUCAGUUCAACACAACCGGCCGCAUUCGCUUCACAGGCUUUGCCCGCCGAAGACUGCAACUCAGAAAACUUAAAACAAAAACGUGUUACCCGCCCACUAAAUCCACUCCAACCUCAAACACACUUACACACAGCCAUGGCCCAGAGUAUUAACCUGACCAACGAGCAGCUCCACGAGCUGAUCCAGGCUGUGCGGGCAUCUGCCGUGAGCGCUGCCGAAUCCGCCGCUGGAGGAGCCGAUGGGACCAAAUCGAAGGCCAAGGGCAGCUUCUCGGCGUGCACACACCGCUUCGGAGGCACCCGCAGCUACGACGAGGUGGAGGAGUUCAUCACCAACAUUGUGACCUAUAAAGAGCUGGAGGACAUCAGCGACGAGAACGCGCUCAAGGGGCUCUCACUGCUCUUCUACGGCCUGGCCUCCACCUGGUGGCAGGGCGUCCGCAAAGAGGCCACCACCUGGAACGAUGCCAUCGCCCUCAUCAGGGAGCAUUUCUCGCCCACCAAGCCCGCCUACCAGGUCUACAUGGAGUUCUUCGAGAAGAAGCAGGAGGACUCUGACCCCAUUGACACAUUUGUGGUCCACAAGCGCGCCCUACUGGCCCAGCUGCCCAACGGUCGUCACGACGAGGAAACGGAGCUGGACCUGACCUACGGCCUGCUGAACAUCAAGUACCGCAAGCACAUCUCCCGCCAGAGCGUCACCACCUUCAAGAAUCUGCUCGAACAGGGCAGAAUCAUUGAACACAACAACCAGGAGGACGCGGAUCUGGCGGCCAACUCUAAGAACGCCCGCGGCGCCCGCCGCACCAUCCGAUGCACCUACUGCAACUUCCGGGGUCACACUCUCGAGGACUGCCGCAAGAGGACUCGAGACCGCGAGGUGAACAACGACGAUUAAGUGGCCAACGCACUUCACAAAAGCGAGGGGGAGAGUAGUGGCCUUCUCCUCGUCAUCAUCAUAGAACUUUUCGUAGCCACACUGGCCGAUCAACGUCAGCGAGAGCCCAACAUCCAGAGGGAGCGGCAACAUGUACGACGGCAACAUCAGCAGCAGCAACAUCAGCAGCAACAUGUUCGACAGCGACAUCCGCAGCUGGGACAUACCGCCCGCAACCGAACCUUCUUCAUACUCACUGGCAAAUGGCGUGCCGGUAAGCCUCGACUAGCUUCUGCCAUCCACUUAUCCACGCAGCUUCCACUGCGCAAUCUACUGUGGAAGCGGCUCCAUCAUCACACAUCGCAACGCCGCCCUGCGGCUGACUUGGCAAAGAACGCCAACUUCCCGCCAGCAAUUAUUUCAAUUGCACCAUUGAAUUUGAACUAUUUGAACUCAAAGAAGCAACGCAACCGAGAAUGUCAGGCGGGGGGCGGCUGAGGAUCAGGCAUUUCGUCCAGAAGUUUGGGGUGUCUCAAUCUUAGACAUCGGAAUUAGUGGGCCCAAGGGUGAGGUUUGUUGCUCGAGGCGAAAGCUUCGGGUGAUUAAAUCGCACUCCGCCUGCGGAUUCCGUGAUCUUUGAUUGAGUCCCCAAAUGGAUGUUGCCUAAUCUUCAGCCGCCCCCCUUCCCUUGGUCAUUCUCACAACCGCCGCCUCCACCUUGUGCCGUUCAGCGGAAGAUCAGCGAUUGGAUGCCAGAAUAUGUGAUCACUAUAUAAACAACAGUGUAGUGAUUGCUGCUUCGGUAACCGUUUUUGUUGCAUUUUUCGCCUGAUUCUGGUCCUUUGUGAAGGUGGCAAAAAACCCCCCGCCCGGCGAUCGCCUGCUUAGAUCCUUUUGUACGUGACACUGACAGCCUCGCGUAGUUGUGGCCCCCGUUUCCGGUUGGAGCGUCGGCGCCUUCCGGUUCCGGGAGUCACUGCCUCGCGCAGUGUCUCUGGUGCGAGUGGAACUACAGCGGGCGUGACCCGGGCAAAACCCUAAAUUUCUUCGGAAAUUUAAAAACCAAACAAUCCAAUUUUGACCUUUGUCAAAAUAUUUUCGAAGUACAUCG